UUACACUCCAGUGGAUGAGGAUCCUAUGCCAAUGGAUGCCCGGCAUCUGGAACAUGAUUAUUGUUCAGUUCCAGAACCCGCGGCAGUUGAUCAUGCACUGGAUCAAACUGAGGAUCUCCGUAAAGAGGUGGACCGACUAAGGAGACAGGUGGAGGAGUUGUCGGUCAGUCAAAGGUUUUGUUUGGGGCGAUUUGCUGCUUCCGACGAUGAUGUAAGGUUCUACACUAGGUUCGUGACUUACAGCCAUUUAAUGGCUUUCUGGAAACUCAUUGAGCCUGCAUCCCACAACAUGAUUCGUGUGUCAAGAGCAAGAGCAAUAAGGAGUGAAGCUGGAACAACAGGCAGUGCAUGGGGUCAGUCUCUGCAGCCCAUUGAUGAGUUCUUCCUCUUCAUGGUCCACCUCUCUGUUGGCUUAAAACAGCAGGAUCUGGCCCACAGAUUCAACAUCCAUCAGUCCACUGUUAGCCGAAUUAUUACAACCUGGGCCAAUUUUUUGUACACCAUUCUUGGGUCUGUCCGCAUCUGGAUGUCUGAGGAGGAAGUCAAGGCUCAUCUUCCCAAUGAGUUCCAGGACUACCCAGACACACAAGUGGUGAUCGACUGCACAGAGUUGCGUUGCCAAACUCCAUCCUCUCUCCUGCUUCAAAGUGAAGUCUUCUCCACUUACAAGUCCCACUGCACCUUCAAGGGAUUAAUCGGCAUGGCACCACAUGGUGCAAUCACCUUUGUUUCAUCCCUGUAUGCAGGUUCUGUCAGUGACAAAGAGCUUUUUAAGCAGUCUGGGAUUGUGUCGCUGUUGAAACAUGGAAUGGCGAUAAUGGUCGACAAAGGUUUUCUUGUUGAUGACUGUGUGCCAUGCAAAGUUUACAGACCUGCUUACCUGUCGAAGCGGGAACAGAUGUCAGCCGAUGAAGUGAGGGAGACACAGUCCAUUGCUCGGCUAAGGGUCCACGUUGAGCGUCUCAUCCGCAGGGUGAAGCAACACAAGCUGUUCGACACAGUCAUCCCUCUUUCCAUCACAGGGAGUAUCAACCAGCUGUACACUGUUGCUUGCCUCCUUGUAAAUUACCAAAAUGGCCCCUUAGUAAAAGCAUGGGCAAAGGAUUAA